AUGUCAGCGCCAUCGCUGCCGCUACGCGUAUCCACCUGCAGCUACUUCCGCCUCGAGUGCGGUCACGAACAACUGUUUCAUUCCGAGUACAAGCGGAGCAACCGCACCAGAGGCCUUAAGAUCCUGCGCUGCUUUCCGCACUGCUGUCCGGAGCAUAUUGACCGAAGCUACUGCGGAUCCUCACUGAGUGUGAAGAUUCGACUAGCGGAACGUCCGGUUGGAAGUGCCCCAUUUCAGCCUCCACCUAGUGAGUUGUUAGCAGUCUUCGCCCGCUUCGAAGUAGUCAAUGAUGGUGUACAGACAGAGACGAAUCUGGACGGUCAGUGGAUCGCUGGGGUCUUGGAUCGGCCAUCCGGACUGGUGGUCACGAUCCGAGGCUCAGAUACUGCGUUAGAUGAGGAGAAACCUGUAGUAUUCCACUUGAACAGUAAAGCUUUUCCGAGGUGGUACUACUACUGUAAGAGUGGUGCUAACAAGGCACAGAGGCUCAUAAAGCAUUCACUGAAAACGUAUGUGAUGGAGUGCAUCGCCGUGGACAUGGACGACAAUCUUACGACCAUUUCAAGUCGAGAGGCCUACACGCAGCUGUACCGCGUGCUGCAUGCGGUCUCGUCGCCUGAGGACGACCAGGGAAUGAUCCACCCUCUGCAAGAUAAAUUAAUCUGGGAGCACGUCAAUGCACCCGCCGUAGCGGUAUCCAAGAAUAUGGCUCUGCUUCUCGCGUUCGUCCGCUGGACACCUGUCAGACUUUAUGCGUCGCAAGUGGACGAAGUAACUCUCCUUCGAGUAGCUUCCCAGACGGUGCUAUGGUUGCUCUCUCAUGAAACACUUGGCUGGUUUCGAGAGUUUUUCCGCUUGAAUGCCGCUCUGAUAUUGGACAAGAAGGCGAUCCGGUCGUGUUUUAUUCAGUUUCUACUUGAACUAGAGGACCAUUUGAACGCAGAGGUGUUUGCAGCCUUCACCCUGCACAGCUUGGCCAACGUGGCAGAGCAGGUGAUUGCAGCGGUGUAUUCGCAUGAAUGUUUCCACAGUCGUCGGCCUCUAGUGCGGCAGAUCUUAAGCGGCCAAAGCUUCGCUGGGUGGAACAUGUUCGUUGCUCAGCUGCGAGAUAUUUACAUUGAUACUACAAGCUCACCACAGUCUCUCGAUCGAAAGGCCACUUUCAAGAUGGCGUUCCCUUCUCACAAUCCUGUCGAGCGCAACUGGAAUGGAGAAUGGCUCUUGGACACGGAUGACGUGCAGUGGGAUAUCAACGAAGCUAGCUCCUCUCUCGGGAGGUCUCUUCGAGUACGAACACCGCAAAGUGUGGCUGGUUGUCUUGACUGUAUGCACUUGGUACUAGACGGCAAGGAACGCGUGUUUCGGAUGCUUCCGAAUGGGAUGUCGACCUGUGCCGAAAUGGGUUCUCACGGAGAUUAUUUUGGUGAAAUGCGCGUCGAGGCACCAGGUCAACUGAUUCUUUUCCUCGAGAUGUUCAACUGGUCGCUAGAAGAAGGAUCUCCCUCCUACCAUGUACGUUCUUGUAUUGAGCUUCAGCGAAAUGGUCAACUUUCUGUCAGAGGCGACAUCCUGGUGACUACAGGGUCGAGUACCUUCACAGCAGAAGAAAUUCCGUACGUGGGAGAAAUGAGUCUGCGUGUCAAGCGUAAAUCAGUCGAAAAGGCUAGUGCAAGAAGGGUUCAUGCCGCUGGUGCACUAAGGGAUGCUCCUAUUAUUCCCUGGAGGGAGUACGGUAGGUUUCGGUUGUGGUACCACAAGUUAUAG